AUGCCACCAAGAAAAACUUAAACGAUAAAAGAAGUUAUGAAAGAGAGUUAACCAAUAAUUGAAUAAAAAUUGGGAGCAACCAGAAGUAAGAAAGUUAAAAAAAAUGAAUCAGAAGAAGAUUCUGAUUAUGUUACUGCUUCUAGUAAAUCUAAACAAAAAAACUCUAACGCUUCAUCAAAAGUUAAAUCUACCUCAAAUAAACAAAAAGAAUCUCUAAAUUAAUCAAAAGAUGAUCUUUAAGAUAAAUUGUCUCCUGAACUUAAACCUUCCAAUCAACGUCAAAAAGCAAGAACUAAGGCUGAAAAAGUAUAAGAUAAACAUAAGUAUGAUUAUUUUAGUUAAUUUUGUUCUAGUGCCAAAACAACUUAAGUGUAAUCCAAAUAAUAGAAUGAAGAUGAAAACAAAAAUCAUGAUUAAUAGAAUAAUCAAGAUAAUAAAAAGGAAUCAGAUUAACAAAGAAAUUAAUUAGAGGAAGAAAACAAAGAAGUCGAUCUAAAUUAAAAUAAAGGAAAUGCUAUUGAUAAAAAUUAAUGUGAAAAUAAAGAGGAACUUAAUAAAAAUUAAGAAUCUAAUAAUAAAUCUAAUGAGAAUAACAUUGUGUAAGAAAACAAGGAUCCUAAUGAAAAAGAGAAUUAAGAUAAAGAAAAUAAUAAUAAAGAAGACAAUUAAGAAGAUUAAAAUAAAAAAGCAGAUGAAAAUUAAAAUUAAAAUUAAAAUUAGAAUGAAAGAGAUAAUAUCUAAGAAUUGGGUAAUAAGGAUAAUUAGGAAAAUCUUAUUAAUUAGUAGAUUAUCGAAACUGAUUAGAAAGUUAUGAUCCCUCAAAUUUUAGUAAGUGCUCCAGAAAAUGAAGUUAAUAAUAAACAUGAAUAAUAAAAAGAAAAGUAAGGUAAUGAGGAGGAAGAAAAAGAAUAAUUAGAUAAAUAAUAAACUAUUGUUUAACCAAUAAAGAAUUAAGAAUAAACAGAAUAAAUAGUAACAGUGGAUAUAGUAUUUUGUUGUCAUAUCAAUCUUUUAGAUAAUUGCAGUGCUGAAUAAUUAAAAGUAAUAACAAUAUUAUAUUUUAGAAUGCCAUAGAAUUUAUAAUAUAAUAAUUGAAAGAGAGGGAAAAGUUGACUUCGAACAUUAAGUUUAGUAUAGUACGUUUCAAUGAUAUAAUAACUAAUGAGAAGUUACAAUAAUGUUAGGUAAUUGAUUUAUGUGAUGAAUGUGAUAUUCUAUAGAGUCUUGAUGAAAUAAAAGAGAUUGAAUAGGUAGAAAUAAAAAAAGGAUUAUAUUAUGGUUUAAAAGUUGCUUCUUCUAUGACUAAAUGGAGAAAAGAAAACAACAGUAAAAGCUUUAGAUACAUUAUUCAUAUUGCAAAUUAAUAAUUAGAAAUAGAUAAUUAAUCAGAAGAAUUGGAAAGAAUAAUUUAAGAUAUGAAUAAUUAGAAUAUUAGAUACAAAUAUUUAAGAAUAGAUAAAAAAAUUGAUUUAGAUUUUGAUGGUAAGCUAUAUUUUCAAAAGAAAUUGAACAGUUAUGAAGAAAGUUAUUUGAAAGAAUUUGGAUGUCUUAAAAAUGUUCUUAGUAGCAUUAUAUUAAGAGAGCUUCUUCAUGAGAAUAAUAAAUGA